AUGGAUUCCGGCGAAGGAGGAUCGUCAAAAAGGAGUGGCGACGGUGGCAAGAUGAAGGGGACAUGGAAGGAGGCGGGCGUCGCAGCUGCUCAGCACCACGUCAACCGCCUGCCUUCUUCUUCUUACUGCUUGUUCCCGGCGAACAACCGCCGUGACAAGGGUCGUGUCCUCGACGUCUUCUCGCUGGAUCAGCCACAACCACAGCUAAAGAUGCCAAACCUGGAGGAUACUCGAAGCAGUGGAAAAGUUUUUACUCCAGUUCAUCCUCCGAAGAUGCCUCAUACAAAAGGUGCCGCCACAUCAUCCAAGAAAGCACCAACUUGCCUAGAGCUGCUACUGGGAGAGAAAGUAUAUGACGUGGCAACAGUGUUUCCUGACGGCAUCCAUUCCUGUUGUUCACACACAGUGAACUUGAAGGGCAGCAAUGCACAAGGAACUAGUGCUGGGUUGAAUGUUCAGGGCCAAAUGAGCAACCAUGAAAGCAUUGUUGUGCCUGUUUCUAGUGGUGGCUCAGGUUCCCUGCAAUUGUCAACCCUGAACGAUCUGUCUUCUUCUUAUUUUCCUUAUACUGCACCAGGAGUGAGCCGCCUGGAUGUGCUUGCUCAUCUACUUUCAGUGGAGAAGGCAGACCGAGACCAGAGAACUCCUCAGGAACUCCUUGUCCAGUCUGUUGAUGCUCUGAUGAAUCACUAUGAUCGUGAUGUUCUGAUGUUAUACUCUAGGGGAAAUCCAGCAAAUGCAAAUGCAAAUGCAGUGGUUACUCUUGAACCGCGGAGGAUUAUCUCUGGAGGCCCUUAUUCGUCUCAGCUCCUUCAGCAGCAGAUGAUGAGGUCUACUCCUCCAGUGAACACUACCUUGGGGCUCAUUCAUAUCAAGGGGAAUGUAGCUGCCUUCUGUUGUAAUGAGUUCGGGAGCCGUUUUAUCCAGCAGGCGCUAGAGGCGGCAACACCGGAAGAGAUCCUUAUGGUGUACGAGGAAAUCAUGCCUUGUGUUCGUACACUGGCCAUUGAUAUUUUUGCAAAUCACGCGCUCCAAAAGCUUCUUGAUAAGGGACCGCAAUUCUACAAGAGGAAGGUCAUCAGCCAUCUGAUUGGGCAUGUGCUAGCCCUGAGCCUUCAUAUGUACGGCUGCCGAGUAGUCCAGAAGGUUUUCGAAAUAGCAGAUGUUGACCAAAAGAUAGCGAUGGCCCAGGAGUUUGGAGGCAAAGUGCUGAAAUGUGCUCGUGCCCAAUUCGCAAACCAUGUCAUUCAGAAAUGCAUGGAGUGUGUGCCAGCGCAGCAUAUCCAGUUCAUCUUUAGAAGCUUCUGUGGAAAGGCCAAGGCCUUGUCCUUCCAUACUUACGGAUGCCACGUCAUCCAGAAAGUGCUGUCAUUCUGUGAUAAUCCGGAAAUCUAUCGCACUUUGAUAUUAGAGAUCGUGGAAGAUGCUCCCAAGCUGUCUGUAGACCAAUGUGGAAACUACGUUGUGCAGCACAUCUUGCAGCACGGAGGACCCAUGGAGCGAUCCAUCAUCGUGAAGAAAUUUGCUGGGCGGGUGGUGGGCAUGAGCUACGACAAGUUCGCGUGCAACGUCAUCGAGAAGUGCCUGACCUUCGGCAGCAGGCAGGACCGGCAGCUGAUCACGAACGAGAUCCUCUCCGCCGGCGGCGGCCAACGCUAUGAUCAUCUCCUGGACAUGAUGGUGCACCUGUACGCCAACUUCGUGGUCAAGACGAUGUUGGUGACGGCGGAGGACUGGCAGCGGGCUCUGCUGGUGAAGGUGGCGCGGCGCAACGUGGGCACGCUGUCGAGGCACCCGAACGGCAGGCACAUCGUCGCCGCCGUCCAGCAGUUCCUCAGCACCAGAGCAUUGCACUCCCAUGUUGUGGUUUGA